AUGCUGUCCCUUCUGCGUGCGUCCUCGGCUCGGGCCGGCGCCCGCAUGGCCGUCCGCGGCUCUGUCUCCACGCGCGUCUUCACGCCCACGGCCUUCUCGCCGGCCUCGACGACCAUGCACUUCUUCUCGACGCAGCGCGAGACGGAGCUUGAGGUCGAGAACAAGAAGCUCAAGGACGAAAUCGCCGAGCUGCAGAAGAAGCUCGAGAACAAGCCCGGCAAGUUCAUGGCUGUGAUCCAGGCCAACGGCCUUCCGUUCCUCGUGUGGUGGACGACGCUCUACGGCGCGACGGGCUUUACGAUCUACUAUGGCCUCUCGCGCGGCUGGUUUGGCGGCAGCGACGCCGUCGACCUCAUCCGCGGCCUGGGCCUUGACUCGUACAUUGACCUGGACAGCCUCAACCCCGAAUACGGCAACAUUGCGAUCGCCGUCGUUCUCAACGAGAUCCUCGAGACGGUGCGGUUCCCGUUCUGUUUGGCGACUACGCCGAUGAUCAAGCGUGCGUGGGCCAAGGUCCGCAACCAGCCCGAGGCGACCAAGUAA